UUAAGAAAAAUUAAAGAAACUUUGCUCCAAAAUGGUACAGUAGAAAGAGCAUUGGUUCUGGAGUCAGAGAGUCUGGGUUGAAAUCCAACCUCUGAUGUUUACUGCCUUAUGACCUUAGGCAAGUCAUUUCAGCUCCCUAGACCUUAGUUUCCUCUUCUAUAAAAUGAUGUAUUUGGGCUAGAUGGCCUCUAAUUUCCUUUCUAGCUCUGAAUCUCAUUUCUGUGUUAUCUUUCAAAGUAAGCAGAUACCUAAGCUCUCAGUAGAGAAGAUCAUGAUAACUUUUCCCAAAGGAUAAUAGAUUUAAAACUAGAAGAGACCUUAAAGGUCAUUAUAUCUGAUCCCUUCACUUUACAGAUAAAGAAAGUAAAACUCAGAAAGGUUGAGUGGCUUGUCCAGUUAUGAGUAUCUUAGGUAAGAUUUGAAUUAGAGUCUUCUAGACUCCAGGUCUAAUGCCUGACACACAAUAUCACACCAUGAUACCUCAUUUUUCUCCUUUCAUUUUUUCUUUUUACAAAACAAAAAAUAAGAAUAAGUGUGAGAUCUGCAGCUAGUAGUUUCCUCAGAUUUUCUGAGUGCUCCAUAUGCUAGGCCCUUGUACUCUUAAUGUUUUAUAGUAUCUUCACUUUUGUUCCUGGCACAAAUUAAUAAUUUACUUGUUUCAUAUCUCCAACUCCUAUACUAAUAUAUCAAUGUGGAGAUCUCUUCUAGCAUUUUUAUAAUUUGAUUUUAAUUCUGAUGUUCCUUCACUAGACAUGUUCCUUCAGUAGGUCCUUGAGGGCAGAGAAGAUGUCUUUAUUCUCUUGGGGGGAUCCUUAAGUCUUCUUUAUAUAACUCACCUAACCUAGCACUAGACACAUUUAGUACAGUGCUUUGCACAUAGGAGGAAUUCAGUACAAUAUUUGUUAAUUCAAUGAUUUGCUAAUUAAUUGAUAUUUCAUUAACAUAAUUUUUUAUUCAUUCAAGUGAGCAUUUUGGUUUUUUCUGGUUUUGAUUUGUUAGGACAAACAGGGUUGGAUAGGUAGUUGGAUAGAUAAAUGAAGAGAGAGACAGAGAGAGAGACAGAGAUGGAUGGAUGGAUGGAUGGAUGAAGCGAGUGAACAUUCAUUAUAUACUUACUCUGUGCCAAGCACUGUUGAGGCUGAUUGAGGUAAUUAAGUUUUGGGGUCUCUCAUCCUGCCCAAGUACUCAGAUGACCUCAAAAGUUUGAGAAUCCUUAGUCUAGGCUAAGAAACUGCUUUGCUCAGUCAUGUCACUUUAGGCUGGCUAUUAAUAACUUAAUACUCCUAUUGCUUUUUGUGGUUCUGUUUUCAUUUGAUAGAGCUGGGUUUAAAAUAAAUGCUGCUGGCUCAGAUCUCAUGAAGCAAUUUGAUUGGUGGAGUAGGUCCAGCUGUACAUUGUGUGGCCCACAUAUAGUAAUGAGCUGCGUAUCUUAGCUAAAAAAAGUUUCCCAGCAAGUUUUUCAUAGUGAAAUACUAUAUAAAAAGGCAUGGAUUUUUUUUUCCCGAGGGUCCCUAAUAGGUGUUUGAUCAUUUUUUGUGAAAAUGCUACAAAGUGUAAAACAGCACAUCUUGAUUGUGGACAAAGUGAGAAUUUCAUUACCAAAGUUUAGAUAGCUAUCAGUCUUGUUAUGUCCCUGGAGCCCUGGAAGUCUGUCUCUUUAUUAAAAAUCGGGGCGUUCCAUCUGAAUCGCAUAGCCAUACAGUUUUAUUUUUUAAUCUGCAAACAAUUCUUGAAUGUAGAUAAAAUGUUCAUUACCCAGGAGUCAUCUGCUUUUCUAGCAGUAGCCAAAACAGUGAGCCAAUCCCUUUUUAGCAUAUUCUAGAUAUCCCACACACCAUUCACCUUGACAGGAUAUAAAUUGUUCAUUCUAUGUUGUACUAAAUGAAUCAAUAUCCAGUGAUGCUGAGAGAAUAUGGUCAGAUAAUGAAAAAUAGCAGUGGAAUUCUGCUGGAGCACUUUGCAGGCAGCACCACCAUAACAACAGCUAAGACAAAAGUGCCUGCCUGGGUUUUGGAUAUCUGCUCUCAGUAGUCGUUUAAGUAUUGUUCUGGAGUUGGAUGAUUUCAUUUCAUUAAGUAUUUGCAUACUAAUGGAAAGCUAAAGUUACAAGUCUACUGUUGUGAGUGAUGGCCAACCACUCCCCUUCAGCCCUUGUGUUUAUUGCCAUACUCACCCACUUUGCAUUGGCAAAUCGCAGAGAGAGGCUUAAAUGCCUUCAGCUGCAAUAACCCAAAUCCAAAUUGAGAUGAAUAAUGAACUUAAUUUUCCGUAAAGAGACUCUGUUUGGAUUUUCAGCUAAUAAGGUUCCUCAAGAUGAAUGGAGUGGGUACACCCCUCGUGGAGGCAAAGAUGAUGAGAUCCCUUGCCGAAGAAUGCGCAGUGGCAGUUAUAUUAAAGCAAUGGGGGAUGAAGACAGUGGUGACUCAGACACCAGUCCCAAGCCUUCCCCAAAGAUUGCGGCCAGAAGAGAGAGCUAUCUCAAGGCUACACAGCCAUCUCUUACAGAACUCACCACACUCAAGAUAUCAAAUGAACAUUCCCCAAAACUACAGAUCCGGAGCCACAGUUACCUGAGGGCAGUGAGUGAAGUCUCAAUCAACAGGAGCCUGGAUAGCCUGGACCCUGCAGGACUUCUCACUUCACCAAAAUUCCGCUCUAGGAAUGAGAGCUACAUGAGAGCCAUGAGCACAAUCAGCCAGGUGAGUGAGAUGGAAGUCAAUGGUCAGUUUGAGUCUGUGUGUGAAUCUGUAUUCAGUGAACUGGAAUCUCAGGCAGUAGAAGCCCUGGACCUGCCUAUGCCCGGCUGUUUCCGCAUGAGGAGCCAUAGCUACGUGAGGGCGAUUGAGAAGGGCUGUUCCCAGGAUGAUGAAUGUGUGUCCCUGAGGUCUUCAUCUCCACCCCGAACAACUACCACCGUGAGGACCAUUCAGAGCAGCACUGGUAUCAUAAAACUGAGUUCUGCAGUUGAAGUGUCAUCUUGCAUUACAACAUAUAAGAAGACACCACCUCCAGUCCCACCAAGAACUACCACAAAACCUUUCAUUUCUAUCACAGCCCAGAGCAGCACAGAAUCUGCCCAGGAUGCCUACAUGGAUGGACAGGGGCAAAGGGGAGAUAUUAUCAGUCAGUCUGGACUUAGCAACUCCACGGAAAGCUUGGAUAGUAUGAAGGCUCUGACUGCUGCCAUCGAAGCUGCUAAUGCCCAGAUCCAUGGACCAGCCAGUCAACAUAUGGGAAGCAAUACUGCCACCGCCUCAACCACCACCACCACCACGGCCACAGUCACUGCAGAAGAAAGAAAGAAAGACCACUUCAAGAAAAACCGAUGUCUGUCUAUUGGAAUACAGGUGGAUGAUGUUGAUGAACCAGUCAAAGCAGGGGAAAAUAAAGUAACCAGUAAGUUCCAGUCCAUAGGAGUCCAAGUGGAAGAAGAGAAAUGCUUCCGCAGGUUCACUCGGUCUAACAGCGUGACAGCAGCAGUACAGGCUGACCUGGACUUCCAUGAGAACUUGGAAAACUCUCUGGAAUCUAUAGAGGACAAUACGUGCCCUGGACCAAUGUCCAGGCAGUUCUCCCGGGAUGCCAGCACCUCCACAGUGAGCAUUCAGGGGUCGGGAAACCACUACCAUGCCUGUGCCGCAGACGAUGACUUUGACACAGAUUUUGAUCCUUCCAUUUUGCCUCCUCCCGAUCCUUGGAUUGACUCUAUCACUGAAGAUCCCCUGGAGGCUGUUCAGAGGUCAGUGUGUCACCGAGAUGGUCACUGGUUUCUGAAACUUCUGCAGGCUGAGAGAGACCGGAUGGAAGGUUGGUGCCAGCAGAUGGAGAGAGAAGAACGGGAGAAUAACCUGCCUGAAGACAUUCUAGGGAAAAUCCGGACCGCAGUAGGCAGUGCCCAACUUCUCAUGGCCCAGAAAUUCUACCAGUUCAGAGAACUGUGUGAAGAAAACCUGAAUCCCAAUGCUCAUCCGAGGCCAACCUCCCAGGACUUAGCAGGGUUUUGGGAUAUGCUGCAGUUGUCCAUAGAAAAUAUUAGUAUGAAAUUUGAUGAACUUCAUCAGUUAAAGGCCAAUAAUUGGAAACAGAUGGAUCCUCUUGACAAGAAGGAGAGAAGGGUCCCUCCUCCAGUGCCAAAGAAGCCGGCGAAAGGCCACGUGCCGCUGAUCCGGGAGCGCUCCCUGGAAAGCUCGCAACGCCAAGAGGCCCGCAAACGCCUGAUGGCCGCCAAGCGGGCUGCUUCCGUCCGCCAGAACUCGGCCACGGAGAGCGCCGAGAGCAUCGAGAUCUACAUCCCUGAGGCCCAGACCCGGCUAUGAAGGCACCAGGCCUCUUGUCUAAUCCCCACUCCACAUCCUUGUUCAGUCACCAUGCAGUAUUUGUAACCCAUCCCCAUUUCCCUUCUCUCUCUCUCUCUCUCUCUCUCUCUCUCUCUCUCUCUCUCAUUGUCUGUUAAGGAUCCCAUGACUUCCACUAGUGCUGUAGUUGUCACUCUUCCAAGAGACAUCCUAGAAUGCCCCUCGGCCCCUUGCUUUUCUGACACAUUUGCCCAUAAUUCCUCCUCCUUUUUAACUCAUGUACUGAUGCUGUCAACAUGCCUCCCGAAGCAGUAUACAACCCUUUAUUUUCUUGACAGGAAACAAAACACACCUGUAUAGCAACACACCAUUGAAGUCAUUCACGAUCCUCAGUUCUCUACAGCUAGUCUGUUACCUAGAGUACAGCAAUAUUAAACCAUAGGGUAUUUUGAAAAUCUAGUAUCGUAGGGUGAUCCCUUGGGACUCUACAGUCUUCCUCAUUAAAGAUGAAAGAAACGAGGGCUCAGAUUCCCUUUUUCUUGAAAAAUGGCUAUUAUUUUUUAAAGCAGAUGGAGCACUUUAUUCAGGACUUCAGAAUCACACCUUCUCACCAGAAACAAUGCCACAAAGAAAAGGGUGGAAUGGACUGGGAUGGAGGAUGGGGUCAGACAUAGCUCAGUGAUGGAGAAAGGGAGAAAAACAACUCUCUAAGUGAUGCCAAGGCUAGAACACAUCCUGCUGAGAGAGAGAGACCUGCACCACUCACAGCUGCAUAAACUGCCUCGUUUUAAUUUCAUCAAUCACUAGUUCAAAAGUUUCAGUCAGCAGAAGAUUGUCAUUUCAAACUUCCCUGGGGGGGGGGGGGGAACCUAUUCUGGAAGGUAAUAAAUGAAUAAAUGGAGAAAGGAAAGGAGAGGAGAAAAAAAAAGCAUGAACCGUCCAAGAUAUAUAUGAGAUUUUCCUUUUUCCAAGUGUUAAGACCUUUUAGACUCGUAAUGUAGUGAUGAUUCCUGUUGUAUUGUUUAUUGGUUUUUUAAAAAAGAGAGAAAAAGUUUGGUUCUCUUCAUUUGUUAAUGUCUUAAUCCUGGUGGGACUAUUAGAUAUCCCUCUCUUUUCCCCUCACUCUUUCUCUCUCUCUUUCUCUCCCUCUUUCUCACUCUCAUUCUUUCUCUCCCUCUCUCUUCCUCUUCCCCCCUCUUUCUCUCUCUCUCCCUCUCUCUCUCUCUCUCUCUCUCUCUCUCUCUCUCUCUCUCUCUCUCUCUCUCUCUCUCCUCUCUCUCUCUCUCACUCACUCACACACACCUGUUUGUGAGAUGUUCAAAUGGAGACCAUAGCAGUUUUCAAAGCAGAGUUCUUGAUUAUGCCAUCAGCUGGUGGUAUGCUACAGUUCAGACUGCUUUGCCCCCAGUAGUUCACAUUUCAAAUGUCUUUCUCUCUUUGAGUCUCUUCCUAGUAAAGACAGUCUCUCCCAGGAUUUCAAACAUCAGGAUUUUGACCUAGCGGUUGUACACUGUUAAAAUACUGUUUCCACUCCAAGACAGACAAGGCUGCAUCAUUACAAAUAGUUGUUUCACUGUUCGUUUGAAGUCAUGAACAGACAUGUUUCCAGGUGGUGAGGUGGGAAAUAUGACCCACAGGGUUUAGAAUCCAAAAGGAGGGGGAACAAAAAGUUGUGAUUCUUCAAUGUUGAAAAGAAAUACAGUCUGUUGACAUAGAACACUGAUUCCCAUCUGCUGGCAUGAUGGACAGCAGGCACUUUGCAUCUGGCUGGACUUGGCUCGAAAUGCCCUUAUUCUUUUAGCAGUCUAAACAUUCAGAUUAUGGCAACCCUAAUGGAUCCUUGGCAUUUUCUAUCAAGUCACAGGCUCAAGCAUUUGUAAUUACCAUUGCAAAACAAAAGUCACUCUAAAGCAUCUAUUAAGAUAUUCGACAUCAGAGAAGCAGGUUUUUUUCUUUUAAGUCUCUAUGAUAGCCUACUGUAGCCAGGUGCUAAUUUUAUUUUAUUUGUGAAAUUAGGAGAGAGAAAGAAUUUUGGCAACAAAUAUUUUCAUUGACUCGUUCUCAAACCACUAGAGAAUUUGCUACCUCUCAGAGCCAUUGAUAUCUGAACUAUGUUUAUUUUGGAAAAAAACAAACAGGGCACAAAUGUUUACUGCUGUGGUUUACAAGAUAAGGGCUAUUAACUUAUUAAAAACAAAACAAAACUUUUAAAUAGAGUGAGCAGAAAUCCAAUUCGACCCCUAGAGAGCUUCGUGCAAUGAGAGCAUCCAUAGGGUCGGUGUUUUAGACAUUCGAAUACAGCACUGGAUUUGCUCAUUUUUAAAGAGAACACACUUUUUAUUUAACAUUUGGCAGCAAUGAAAGCUCAUGCAAAGUUUGCAUCUUAAGAGUGCCAACUGCCACCUCUGGUCAUUUUUGGUCACAUUCCAAUUGGAAGUUCUUUGGAACUCAUCUGUGCCAAGAUGGAUGGAGCUUCUCCAAGUUCCAUACUCAUAGCCAAUGUUAAGUGGAUCUAAGGUAGUCUUAAAAUUUCGGACUAAGAGGAGUAGAUUGAGAAACUGGUUCAAGACUGGUCUCCCGUCUUUUCUUCAGACACUGACAGUCCAGGAUAUUGAGAAGUGGGAAAGCUGAUUAAUCUUGUCUAUAAUGAAACAUGGUAUUUGUAUAUUCAUAGGAUAUUUUUGGUAUGUAUUUUAAAUCUUUUAGCUGAAUGCCUCUUUGUUCCCAUGUGGACAGGGCAUUAUGAUCUUUAUCUCAUUGAUUAACAUGUUUCGAACAGUAUAAACAAUUUAGGAAAAGAAAUAUAGAAGGACAACUACGGCCCCUCAGAAUGUUGCUUGUUAACCACUUGACACCUUCAGGUGACUACCAUAAGCAUAGGAUAUACGUUCCAUUGUUCAUUUUGAUGUAAUUUGUAGUAACGUAAUGGUAUUUUUCAGUUCAUCCUGGCCAAUAUGUAUACCCAGAAAAAUUACUUAUUUUGUUUAACUUUGGUACAAAAGUUGUUUGCAUUUUCUGGGGAUGGGGGGGAUUUAAAAGAAAGUUUUUGUCUCCUACAUCAAAAGUUAUUUAAAUAAAUUAAGUAUUUAUUAUAUUUUUGCGGAUGUUUCCAUAAAUUCACACAAUCUUUUUGUAAAGAAAGCUGAUGAAACGGAUUACAGAUUUUUAAUAUUUGAAGAGGAAAAUAGAACUAAUUUAUUUGUAAUAUAUUUCCAUUAUUUAUAGAUGUUCCCUUAAUGUUUUGCUGUGCAUUAUCAAUUUAAUUUAAAUCUUAUCCUUGUGAAUUUACCAUUUCUUUUUUAAAACAUGUCUAGAUGCAUAUUUUAAAUAACUGGAAUGUAAAUCACUGGCAUACCUGAAUUCCCAAAUGUGAUUUUAAAAAUUAUUUUGGUUUGAAAAAAAUUAAAAUUUGAAAGCCUUUAGAUGGAGGGGUGGGGAGCAUUUUUAUGGCUUUAUGACUUGGAUUUUCAUAGGAUUAUUUACCUAGUUUGUGUGUAGACAGAAAACAAUUGUAAAUAGAUGAAUGUUUCCCAUAAUGUAAAAAAGAGCAAAUUAAUAAAAUAAUUAAUGCACUGCU